GUGAAGGGUCACUUUCUCCAGUCAAUCCACACAUUCUCUCACACGAGGAGGAAUUGAUUUAAAAGACCGACUCAAGUGGUUCUGGAUUGGAUCAUUUUUCUGAAGCAUGUCUCAGAGGAGUAAAACUUCUUCAAAAGAAAGCUCCUCAGGUCAUACAUCCACAUUAGAUGCUCAUCCUCCACGCUCUGCUCUUCGAAGCUCCUCCAAAGACUCGAAAAACUCAGGUCACAGGGAUUCAUCUGGCAGUCAAGGACGGCGCGGCAGUAGAUCUUUCAGCCAGAACUCAGCUAUCGCUGCAGCAUAUACACAGUACCUCAAUGCUCUCUUUGGACAGGACAGAGAUUUACUGCCAGAGGAACUAGAUGAGCUGCAUGUAGCAUUUAAAGAGUUUGACUAUGACCAGGAUGGGUAUUUGCACUACAAAGAUGUUGCAGACUGUAUGAGAACCAUGGGAUACAUGCCAACAGAGAUGGAACUGAUUGAGAUCAUUCAGCAGAUAAAAAUGAAAUGGGGAGGUCAUGUGGACUUUGAUGAUUUCUGUGAAUUAAUGGGGCCCAGGAUGCUGGCUGAAACCGCUCAUAUGGUGGGUCUAAGAGAGCUGCACUGCGCUUUCAAACAGUUUGACUGUGACGGUGAUGGACGGAUCACCUUUGAGGAGCUGAAGGAGUCCACAAAGACGCUACUCGGGGAGAAACUGAAGAAGGGAGAACUGGAAGAAAUUCUGACAGACAUCGAUCUCAACGGAGAUGGGAACGUGGACUUUGAUGAACAUGCAACCACAAUUAUGGGAAAGACUACUGACUUGACAGUUGUCCACAAGACAAUCAUCAACACCCUCCACAAUGAGUGUGAGCCACAGAAGGUCAUUGCUGAAAGGGCUGGCUGUUCACAGAGUGCUGUAUCAAAAUAUAUUCAUAGAAAGUUGACUGGAAGGAAAAAGUGAGGUAGGAAAAGUGCACAAGCAACAGGGAUGACCACAGCCUUGGGAAGAUUGCCAGGAAAAGCCCAUUCAAGAACUUGGAAGAGCUUCACAAGGAGUGGACUGAAACCUUGACUUCUUCAACUUGUACAAACUUUUCAUCUUUGGUAGUGAAUCUCACCAACUCUCUCACGACAAGUGAAUCACAAUUUCAAAGCAUGUCAUUGGCUGUUCAUUACUGAUGUCACACUAUCAUGUGAACAUGCUCCAUUAACUCAGUAUCAAACCUGAGUUGACAGAGAAAGUUGAUGAUCAGCUUUAUGGUACCAACAAAACUGGAUUGGACUGGUUUGGUUUUGUCAACUCAAAACUAAUCCUGUAACCCUGAGUUUGUUCAGCCACCAUAAGCCCCGGAUCUCUCUUUCCAUGCAAUAUUUAAAUAAGUCUUUUGGCAUUUCGAGGACAUGCUAAUCAUAUAACAUUCUGAUCAGAAGUGUGUUUACACUUGUCUUUUCAAUGUGUAUGUGGACAACAUCCGGAUACAGGUCGCAUGUUAAAGGGUUACUCCAACCCAAAAAUAAAAUUUUGUCAUUAAUCACUUAAACCCAUGUUGUUCCGAACCCGUAACAGCUUAGUUCGUCUUAUGAACACAAUUUAAGAUAUUUUGGACGAGAACCGGGAGGCUUGUGACUGUCCCAUUGACUGCCAAUAAAAUACACAGUCAAGUAAAAAGGCUCAGCAGAGGUUGUACUUCCUUCGUCAACUGAAAAAGAUAAACCUGCCACAGGCGCAUAUGACACAGUUUUACUCAGCUGUAAUUGAGUCAGUUCUGUGCUCUUUUAUAACUGUCUGGUUUGGGUCAGCCAGCAAAUCAGAUAUAAGAAGACAGCAACAGACUCUGAUAGAUCUCUGUGCACUACAACAUCUAGGCAUAAAACAUAUUUUUCCCCAUGCCAUCUUUAUCUUAAACAGCUAACAUUUAUUAUUAUUACCUGUAUUUUAUAAUUCAUGCAUGUAAUUCAUUCUCCAUCUCUAAUCAUUGCCUCUCUCUUAAGUACUAUGUAAAUACAUAUGCAUAUUUUCUAUACAUAUAUACAUAUACAGCUGUAUAUACACAAUAACGCAUAAAUAAUGCACACAUUUGUACCUAAAUCUUCGGUCCCAGAUUCAUACACAUUAUUAUUAUUGUUGUUAAGUCUUAUUUAAAUGUUUCUGUUCUCAUGUCAGAUAUGUAUGUAUAUAUGUAUCCAUGCAUGUAUGUAACAAAAUCUUCCCACAACAAAUUCCUUGUGUUUUUGCGCACACUUGGCGAAUAAAGCCGAUUCUGAUUCUGAAAUAUGCAAUGCAUUUUACUGAGCAUGAGGACUGUUUCCUGUAAGAAUAGCCUACAAAGUGAUGUUUUAUUUAAAAAAAAAUGGUAGGAGCAAGCGCAGAUAAUCAAUGAUUCACUAAUCAAUUCACUAUCAAUAACUGCACCACCUAUCCAACCACCACGAGAGAGAACCAUUACAAAUAAUCAUAGCAGCCUUACAUCAUUCGGGCUGAUGCAGAGCUUGGAGCCCUCUCCUUGAGCAGCAAGACAAAUACUUUGGCAGACAUUGGCAAAAGUUCAGGACACAGAGUUGGAAUAGUAAAUAGGUGAUUAUCUAUUACUAUUACAAAAGGGUCAUAACAUAUAAGACAUUGGAAAUUUUGGAAUU